AUGACGGACUGUUCCGGAUGGUCAUUCGACAGCGAUGACAGCAAUGGUACAUCUGGCAGUGGUCAGAUAAACAACGAUGAUCGAAUGCGGUCACGUCGUGAAGGCGAAGAGACCACGGGACCACUUGGACAUAACACCGAACAUUGUGUCGUCCAAUCUGAGGAAGCUAUCGAGGUCGGUCGAGUGUCCGCUGAUGACGUAGUAAAGGCCUGA